UGCUGACGAGCGGCGCUUACAUCACAAAGCGCAUCCAACAAACCAGCCAGUAACGUAUGCUUCUUUUUUUUAAAGAGGGAAGGAAACUGUAGUGAUUUGGGUACAGUAAAGUGAGAGAAGUAAAAGAAACUUAAGAAUGGACCCCAAAGUUUCACCAAGUGCCCCUUCUGCUGAUGGAGAGGAGAAAUUGGGCAUGGAUAAUCAGCCUCCUCCAUACCAGAACAAUUAUGGUGCUGAUUGCCUGCUACCUCAAGGGGUUUUCCCCAACCAAUCUGGCUACCCUCCAGGGCAGCCUCACGAAGCUCCAUAUGGUCAGCCCUACCAGGUACCGUACCAGGGUAUGUACGCCGGCCAGCCCAUCGUGGUCGCACAGCCUACUAUGUAUGUGACGUCUGGACCACUUGCUCAGCCUUUGCCUGAUUACUUGGGUUAUUCCAUCUUCACACUAUUGUGCUGCUGCCUACCAAUAGGUAUUGCAGCACUCAUCUGCUCUAUAAAUACACGAGAUGCCAACAUGAGCGGGAACAGACCUCAGGCAGAGAAGAGCUCCCACAUGGCACGCAUCUUGAACCACACGGCUCUAGGCCUCGGAAUUGUGGCUAUUGUUGUUUCUAUUGUGACUGUUGUCGUCACAACCAUUUCUGCUUACCACUUUGCACAAUUAAAUAAGCCCAUUUAAAUAAGCUGGCUCUAGUGUAUAUGUAAUAAUCUGCCUUUUAAAAUCAUCACUCACAUUCUAUAAAUUAUUUACUUUUGCUGAGGAUUUGAAGAUUUACCUAUUAGCAAUAUGAAUAAUAUAUAGACCAAUUAUAUAAAACUGUCCGAUGUCUGAAAUGUACCACAAAAAAAAAAGUGCAUAAAAAUGCAAUACCAACAUGUAAUGACUUACUGUUUUCAAAAUUGAAAUAAAUAUCUUUAUUGGUUGCCAAUUACAAUUAUUUUUGUUUUAGAACAAAAGAAACAAAAGAUGUUUUUUUCUUUCAUCUACCACACUAUGUAAAUAUCUUGGCAGCAUAAUGUAUUUUUCAUAGUACAUGUAUUUCUUUA